AAAAGCUAAAAAAGAGCUAAGAUCUAUAAAAUGUGGAGAUCUAGCACAGGCUGAACAACAUUAGGUCGAGGACAAGUUGAAGAGAAGUUAUUUUGGCCUCAAAGUCAAUAAGAAUGGAUUCCUUUGGAUUGGGAAACUUGUUGUGGUUAAUCCUGUUUCACAGUAUCUAUCAGACUUAUGCCUUGGAAAAUACACAGGAAGAUUUUCAGGGAGCUGUAAAUGAAAAGAUGAAACCAAUUAAUCUGCUGAAACAGAUCACAGAAGCAAAAGCCAGGCUCGGACCUACUUUCACUUGGAAUAAAGAAUUGGAUGUGGUUUACGAUGUACAGCGCUCCACAAUGAACCAUGUGCAGACUCCUGUGGAUCCAAUCGUGUACGAUGAGGUCAAUGUGAAUCUUGGACACGGACAGUAAAGGAGACACCAAGACACCGGGAUAGAGAAAAAAAGGUCAGACAGAAUGAAGGAUGUAAGAAUAACAGAUCGAGAAGCAGAAGUAGCCAAUUCAGCCCUCAAGCCUGUUCUACCAUUUGACACAAUCAGGACUGAUCUAAUCAUGGCCUCAACUUUCCUGCCAACUCUCCAUAACCCUCCAACCCAUCACUAAUUAGCUAUCGCUCUAUCUUCUCCUUAAAUUUACUUAAUGUGCCAGCAUUCACCACAAUCUAGGGUAGUCAAUUCCACAGAUUCGUGACUGUUUCAGAGAAAUAAUUUCUUCUCUGUUUUAAAUCUGUUAAACUACUGAAGCAAACUCAGUUUUGAGAUGCAGUUUCCACUGCAAAAAGUACAUCACAGUGCAAGGCUUUGAGAGUAAGCUCAGAUUUCCAGUUAGGAACUAUACCAGUAGGGAAGGUUGUAGAAUUGACACCGUGGUGGUAAAACCUAUGAUUAACCCACAUUAGCACCUGGUAUCAAAAUCUCUUAUUGAGAAGGACACAUUGAAAUGUAAACAGUGGCUUUCAUGUACGAAUUCUCACAUUUAAAGGGUGUUUGCCAAAUGAUUUUCAUGCCUGUCUACAUGGAUGUGACUAUCUAGAAUCAAUGCAAAUAGCUCUGUGCAUCAGAUUUUGAAAUAAAGCUUCU